UAUAUUAAAUUAACAAUAAUUAUUUAAAAAUAAAAAUAAUGUCUGAUGUUUUGAGAGAAAAAAGAGCAAAAUUUGCUGAUGAACAUCUUCCCCUGGAUCUCAGUAAUAAACCAAGACCAUCAACAUCAUUGACACCAAUAUUUUCAAUAAAAAAAAUCAUCAUUAUUGAUACAAAAAAUAUUAUAAAAGAAAAAGAAAAAAAUAACACUGUUAAUACAAGCAUAAUAACAGUGUCAAAUAAUUUUUCUGACAUACCAAAUAAUCUUCUAAAUAUUGAAUUAAAUUUAAGUAUUAAUUUAGAUAAAUUAAAUUAUAAUAAUCCAAUUGAUUAUAUAUAUUGUCCAAUAAUAUAUGCUAAAACAGUACAUUUUAAUUAUCUCAAUAAAUAUUGUAGAGAUAAAAAAAAUAUAAUGAUUCUUGGUAUGAAUCCUGGACCAUGGGGUAUGUCACAAACUGGUGUACCAUUUGGUGAAAUAAAUAUUGUUAUUGAUUGGUUAAAGAUUAAUGGACAUAUUGAUAAACCAAAAAGACAACAUGAACAACGUCAAGUUGAUGGUUUUUCAUGUAAACGUAGUGAAAUAAGUGGUCGUAAAUUUUGGUCGUUAUUUAAAAAAUUAUCAAAUAAUCCAGAUACAUUUUUUCGUCAUUGUUUUUUACGUAAUUAUUGUCCAAUUGCACUUAUGGAUAGUCAAGGACGUAACAUCACUCCUGCUGAAAUUAAGGGUCCAGAGCAAAAAAAACUACAAGAAUUUUGUGAUCAAGCUUUGAUAGAAGUUAUUAAAAUUCUUGAUGUCAAGGUAAUCAUUGGUGUUGGAAGAUUUUCCGAGCAAAGAGCUAAGAAAGUUGUUAAAACAGCAAAACUUUCAACAAAAGUUUUAUGGAUGAUCCAUCCAAGUCCUCGUGCAACAAUUGGAAAAAAUUGGCAAAAUUUAACACUAGAUUUUUUGAAAAAAGAAAAUUUAAUUGAAUAUUUUAUUGAUGAUAAUUCAACAACUGAUUUUGAAGUAUUUUAA